CCCGACCACGCAGGCGCCUCCGCGUCUUCGGGUCAGCCCCUUUUGCCAGGGUUGCGCGCGCACCGCACCUGCAGCAGCGCGCAAGCGUGGUUGUGGCCCCGCCUCCCGGCGCUCGGAGCCCGAGUUCGCGGGAAGAUGGCGGCGCCGCUCGUCCCCGUCUCCCAGCAGAUGUGGUCGUUUGGGAGCGAGGACCGCAGCAGGUGUGGAUGCCAAGCCGGAGGGGAGCUGAUAGUUGCCAGGCGCCGUCCCUGGUCUGAGCAGGCAGACGUGCGUGCUUGUUAGGUCUUGCAAGAACCAGCCACUUUGCAGCCCUGUCGCUAAAUGAAUGGUGCUGGAGGUGCCUGGUGGGAACCCGGUCUACGACUCCUACUACAAGCAGGUGGACCCAGCCUACACGGGCAGAGUUGGGGCGAGCGAGGCCGCGCUGUUCCUGAAGAAGUCAGGGCUGCCGGACAGCACCCUCGGGAAGAUAUGGGACCUGGCUGACCCAGAAGGGAAGGGCUUCCUGGACAAGCAGGGCUUCUACGUGGCGCUGAGACUGGUUGCCUGCGCCCAGAGCGGCCAUGAUGUCUCGCUGAGCAGUCUGGCGCUGACGGUGCCACCACCCAAAUUUGUGAGUGCUCUGCGUGGUGCACGUCCAUGGAGGGAUUCCCUGCGCCCCCAGCAUGACACCAGCAGCCCCUUGAUGGGUGCACCGUCUUCUGCAGAGGCCCCCUGGGCAGUGCGGGUGGAGGAGAAGGCUAAGUUUGAUGGCAUCUUUGAAAGCCUGCUGCCUGUCAAGGGCUUGUUGUCUGGCGACAAGGUCAAGCCGGUCCUCAUGAACUCGAAGCUACCUCUAGACGUCCUGGGCAGGGUCUGGGACCUCAGUGACAUAGACAAGGAUGGGCACCUGGACCGUGAGGAGUUUGCUGUGGCCAUGCACCUGGUAUACCGGGCCCUGGAGAAGGAGCCUGUGCCGGCUGCACUGCCCCCGGCACUCAUCCCACCAUCCAAGCGCAAGAAGCCAGUAUUCCCUGGGGCCGUGCCUGUGCUGCCUGGUAGCCCCCCACCCAGGGACAGCCUGCGCUCCACACCCUCACACGGCAGUGUCAGCAGCCUCAACAGCACGGGUAGCCUGUCCCCCAAGCACGGCCUCAAGCAGGCACAGCCAGCGGUGGCAUGGGUAGUGCCAGUGGCUGACAAGAUGCGCUUCGACGAGAUCUUCCUGAAGACUGACCUGGACCUGGAUGGCUAUGUAAGUGGCCAGGAGGUGAAGGAGAUCUUCAUGCACUCAGGCCUCACGCAGAGCCUGCUGGCCCACAUCUGGGCCCUGGCUGAUACGAAGCAAACAGGGAAGCUGAGCAAGGAGCAGUUUGCACUCGCCAUGUACCUUAUCCAGCAGAAGGUCAGCAAGGGCCUCGACCCCCCGCAGGUGCUGUCUCCAGACAUGGUCCCCCCCUCAGAACGUGGCACGCCGGCCCUGGAUGGCGCAGGCUCCCUGGGCUCUGGGGAGCUCACUGGGGUGAAGGAACUGGAUGACAUCAGCCAGGAAAUCUCGCAGCUGCAAAGGGAGAAAUACUCCCUGGAGCAGGACAUCAGGGAGAAGGAAGAAGCCAUCAGGCAGAAGACGGGUGAGGUACAGGAGCUGCAGAAUGACCUGGACCGGGAGACCAGCAGCUUGCAGGAACUUGAGGCCCAGAAGCAGGAUGCCCAAGACCGGCUGGAUGAGAUGGACCAGCAGAAGGCCAAGCUCCGGGACAUGCUGAGCGAUGUGCGGCAGAAGUGCCAGGAUGAGACACAGAUGAUCUCUUCGCUGAAGACCCAGAUCCAGUCGCAGGAGUCGGACCUUCGGUCACAGGAGGAUGAUCUGAGCCACGCCAAGGCGGAGCUGGGCCGGCUGCAGCAGGAGGAGACGCAGCUGGAGCAGAGCAUCCAGGCUGGGCGCACGCAGCUGGAGACCAUCAUCAAGUCACUCAAGUCCACGCAGGACGAAAUCGGCCAGGCACGGAGCAAGCUGUCCCAGCUGCAUGAGAGCCGGCUGGACGCACAGCGCAGCCUUGAACAGUACGAGCGGGCACUGGAUGGUGCGGGCCUGGCAGAGCUGGCUGCCCUCAGUGAAGGCGUCGCCCUGGCUGAGAGGGGUGGCUUCGGAGCCAUGGAUGACCCUUUCAAAAGCAAAGCCUUGUUAUUUAGCAACGAUGCCCAGGACCUGCCCCCGGAUCCCUUCCAGGCAGAGGACCCCUUCAAGGCUGAUCCCUUCAAGGGUGCAGACCCCUUCAAAGGUGACCCGUUCCAGGGCGACCCCUUUGCAGAGCAGCAGGCGGCGGCUGCAGAUCCGUUUGGGGGGGACCCUUUCAAAGAAAGCGACCCAUUCCACGGCUCGGCACCUGACGACUUCUUCAAGAAGCAGGUGAAGGGCGACCCAUUCACCUCAGACCCCUUCACGAAGACCUCAUCCCUCCCUUCGAAGCUCGACCCCUUCGCGUCUAGUGACCCCUUCUCCUCCAGUGCGACGGCCAAAGGCUCAGACCCCUUCGGGACCCUGGACCCCUUCGGGAGCUGGGCCUUCAGCAGCGCCGAGGGCUUUGCUGACUUCAGCCAGAUGGCCAAGCCCCCAGCCUCAGGCCCCUUCUCGUCCUCCCCGGCAGGGCCCGGCUUCUCCAAUGACCCCUUUAACAGUAAACAGGACACGCCCGCUCUGCCACCGAAGAAGCCUGUGCCGCCAAGGCCCAAGCCACCCAGCGAGGUGGAGGCCAAGCAGGACAGCCCUGGGCGGUACGCGCUGCUGGGCGGUAAAAGCACACCCGUGAGCCAGCUCGGUUCUGUAGAUGGCCCCGAGCCCCCCGACCCGUUCCAGCCACUUGGGGCCGACAGCAGUGACCCAUUCCAGCAUAAAAAGGGGCUGGGGGACCCGUUCAGUGGGAAGGACCCCUUUGUCCCCUCCUCCUCAGCAAAGCCGUCCAAGGCCUCUUCCUCCGGCUUUGCCGACUUUGCCUCUUUCGGCAACGAGGAGCAGCAGCUGGCCUGGGCCAAGCGGGAGAGUGAGAAGGCGGAGCAGGAGCGGCUGGCACGGCUACGGCAGCAGGAGCAGGAGGACCUGGAGCUGGCCAUCGCCCUCAGCAAGGCGGACAUGCCAGCCUGACCCCGGCCCGCCGCCCUGGCUGUACAGAGUGAAGUCGGAAUGAGGGAUAUAAAGUAUUUUAAUACGAA